UAACCCCAUCAUUAAUCCCAAAAAAAGCACUGAACUCUGAAAACACACACGCGCACUUACACGCAAUCUCUGUCUCUGUUUGAACAACUCUUCAUUUUCUCUCUAAAAAAACUCCACUCUCCCACUAUAUCCACAAAUCUGUAUCUACUAUUUCACAUAUAAUUAUAACAUAAUGGCGACGAGUCUGAUGCCUUUCCGACCGGUCGGAGUGAGAGCGUGUACUACCAGCGGUCACCGGAAAUCUGACACUCAUCACCGGAAAAGCUCUUCUUCUAACUGGUUGACACCGCUCUUCGGCUGGUCUUCCGAACCCGAUUAUAUUGACUCCGGCAACAACUCUAACAACAAGAUCGAACUUUCGAUGAAGGUGGAGAGAAAAUCGGAUUCGGAUCUGGAUCAGAAACCGUCUCGAUCGCGGUUCGGCCCCGGUCGUUUCACCGACGAGAAGGCCAGACAGCUCCGGAUGAUGACGAUGGACACGUCGGCGUUUCACGACAUCAUGUACCACUCAGCAAUCGCGUCGAGACUCGCUUCCGACUUCUCCAACCGGUCCGAUCAGUGAUUCUCCGGCGCCGACGACUCUUCCGGCUUUGUGAUUGUAGUCACUCUCUAUCUUUCCCUUAGGUUUUUUUUUUUUUUGUUAAAGCUUUUGUUCAAAAAAUUAAAAGACUGAGAUGUUGAUGAUGUUUAAUAUAUAAUGGUAUGAAUUAUUGCAUCAAGAUCACCUCUGAUGCCAUCUGCUACUAAUUCCUUUCAAUUCUUUCACAUCCUUGUGCCAUAAAUUCAACUGUAAUUCAUUGUAUUUUCCGAUAGAUGGUGUAACAAGAAGAAAAUUAAAAGCAAUUAGACUAUUAGUAGUGGAGGAUGAACAUGUAUGUAAUUAAUUAAUUGUUUAAUGUUUAUGUAUAUUUU